GGGAUUACGUCGUUUUUUUUUUUUUAUUGUUAUUAUUUUUUAUUCUGUAUUGAUGAACAUGCAAUGGGGAUCAUUGAUCAUGCUGGCAUGUGGUCUGGUCGUUAUUUACCUGGCCAUCUUAUCCCAAGACGUCCCUUACCCACACCCAAAAACGAUCUACACGUCUAACGGACCACUAUUUCGAAACCCAGAUCAGGUCAUCUUGACCACUGUAGGACCAUGGAUUUACCUCACGAGCAUGCAAUUUCAACAACCUACCCAUGAACCUUUUAUAGGCAUUCAUAAUUUGAAAUUAGGUGUGCAAGGCGUGAUAAAACAAUAUAAAAAACCCAUUUCGAAUUUACAAUCAGAACGAGAGUUACUCGAAUCCGACGGUUGGGAACCUUGUUUUGAACAUACGUUGAGAGGUCAAAUAUCCAAAGUAUCCGAACGAAAGAAUAGUACAACUUGGCAUUUUGGUGUGUUGUAUCAUCAUGUGGAAAACGAUCAUUCGUUUCAUUUUGUCAGAGUUUAUUAUACAGUAGAUCAUGUAUUCGAAUACAAGGAUAUUAAAUUACCUGGCACGAUCUGGGUUGAUUCUAUCUCGCUCGAAUACGAUUCCAUUAUCUUUUCUAGGGAUCCAGAUCUUGUUGAAUUUCAUAUCAUGACUUUACCUUCCACUUUAAUAGAACCACCUCAUUCAGAUAAUGCUCAAGAUAUCACCUUGGAUACAGUACAACAUGGAAGAGCUAUCCAGGAAUGGUCACAACCUGCAUCUACAGAGGAAUAUGCAACUCUUUUUUCAAGAUUAUAUUCACACAUAAAUGACACCUAUCGAGUUUUCACACUCAGUGUGCAUCGAACCACCUCGACAUUUUAUGUCAAUAUCACAAUUGCAGAUAACAUUACCAUGACAACCAGCGAAAAUCAACGAGCGACGACUUGGAUUGAACGAGAAAAAGCCGAAUCCAAAUACCCAGUGAUCAAUACAGAGGAAAUGAUUGAUUAUGGCGGUUUCGCCGAUAUUUCCAAUUACAAGAAUAUCGAACUACGUACUUCCAUGCCACAAUUGCACGCGACGGUCUCUUCUGAUUUAAAAACAAUUGUCUUUCCAUUCCUCAAGAAUAAAUUCAUCACGUUGGAUUAUACGGAAAACAUGGACAUGUUGAAAAGGAUUCCCUCUGAAAGCGAACGUUUGUACUCGAAUGACAAUAAACAGACGGUACUAGCAGAAUAUUAUUAUUGGCAGCCUUAUAAAUCGGUGGAUGCAGAUAUCAUGGGUGUUCAAUUGAAUGAAGAAGGUACGAUCUUGGCGUUGUGGACAGAAUUCAACCAUGUGUAUAUUUAUAAACGUGGGACGGAUAAAGUGGAAACAUCGUUACUGGGAAAGAUUGACCGUUGGUUGGAUCAUGUUUUAUCAGAUAUGUCUGAUGAAGAAAAGGAAAUCAGAAGACUUCAUUUCCCUCCCUUUUGGGAAUUGGAAAUGGCCAUUGCUCCCAUACGUAAUGAAUAUGGUGAUUCAAGGGUUGUAGGCACUGUUCAUUUCUGGGAUAAGAAUUAUAUCUUCGUGGGUUACAAGAAUGGAUUUGUAAAUUCUUAUCGGAUCGAUUCCCAAGAACCCGAAAAAUCCAUCAAUUUUUGGACCUUUGCAAUUGAGCGAUGGGAUAUGCUUUUCGCCAUGUCUGCCGUCAUUACCAUCUUUGUCUAUAACGAAUAUCAACGUCCUCUCUAAAAAAAAACCUCCUCCCAUACGCUCGCGUAUAAAGGACCAUAGCUUCUUUUUUUUUUUUUAAACCAAUUAAAAAUGU